ACACACACACACACACACACAGCCAGUAAAGAGAUGGCGCCCGUUAACAUCAGCGCCGCCGUGGAGCGCUCUGCGGUUCUGGGCAACCGGGCCGCGGGCCACAACGGCGUGAUCCAGUCGAGGAGGGGGGUCGCGAACACGCACCCCAACAUCUGGGUGGAGGUCCUGACGCCCAGGGACCAGAGGCACGAGGUGCCAAUCGUCAUGGUGCAUGGCGACUACCACACCGGCUCUGUGUGGGACAUGGACCUGGACCGCACCCAGGACUCUCGGACUUGGGCCGAGUGCUUCCUGGGCGCUGGAUACCAGGUUCAUCUGGUCGACCUGCCGGGCGUGCGGCUGUCGGGGAGCACCACCGAGGGGUCGGAUCGGCCGAUUGAGCCACGGAUGGCUAGCACUGGCUUCGUCGAGGUGAACCUGACGGGCAUGGGCCACAGGGGCCCAUUCAUGUACGACAGUGCAUGGCGCCACGUUGGGUUCCCCGGUGGCCAGGACGGCGGUCCCUACAGCAAGCCUGGCUGGAGGCAAGACCCAGCCUUCGACUACUACUACGGCCAGAUGGAGGAAAAGUGGGAGUUCUCGGGCCGUCCGGUCCAGUGGACGAUGGACGCGGCCGCGGCGGUUGUCUCCGUCAUCGAGAGGCUGCCGUCCAAGAGGGCGGUGCUCGUGGCCGAAGGGAGGGGCAGCGAGGUGGCCAUGAUGGUGGCGGACUACCGCCCGGAGCUGGUGGCGAGCAUCCUCGCCGUGGGGCACUCGCACGCCCCGUUCGCCAACACCCUCGCCGUGUGCAUGGCCGCGAACAAGAACCGCGGCGUCGCGUUCACCGGCGCGGCGAUGACGGAGCGGCGCGCUGCGCGUCAGGGGAUCUUCGACGUCCCCAUGCAGUUCUACCCGCCGCUGCCCCACCAGAGGGACUACAACCCCGAGGACGGGCAGGUCUUCGAGACGAUCGUGCACAGGAACGAGGACGGCGACGAGUGCCUCCUCCAGGACCCGGCCAAGACGGUGCGCACGCUCCCGUUCCUGGCCCAGGUCCCGAUCGCCAUCAUGACGGCCGAGGCGAGCAUCAACAGCAGCUUCGACUGGGCCAUCGUCAAGUUCCUGGAGCAGGCCGGCGUCAAGACCGAGUGGCUCAAGCUGGCCGAGUUCGGCAUCCUCGGCAACGGGCCGCUGCCGUGGCUCGAGAAGGGCGCGGCCGAGUCCGGCAAGCUCGCCGUCGCCUGGGCGACCAAGACCACCUCUGCCGACGCCAACGAGGUCGCGGCCGCCACCGCGCUCCUCACCCCGUCGCCCGAGAACGUCGCGGUCGCGCGCGAGCGGAGGCGCGAGGACCGCGAGAGAGCCGACGCCAAGAACGGAGAGGAAUACUUCGAGUGGGUGCAUGGGUGGCUCGAUAAAACUCCGGCUGACCAGUGGCACCACCCGACGACCCCCGCCGACAAGUACGCCUUCGAGGUCGGGCUGGCAUGGCCGAUACCCCCGGACAUGAAAUACGUGGACGGCGUGAGGUAUCGGCGCAGCGGCGAUCACGGCACCCGCGGCGAUGGCGGCAACGACGGCGACGAUGGCAACGGCGGCGCGGGGGGGCGCAAGCGCAAGCGCCAGGACGGCGACGUUGGCCAGCCUGGUCCUAGUGGCGGUCUUGCCAACUAGGCCACCAACCUCGCUCCCCGGACUCGGUAGAGAUGAUACUUUACUCCCGAGCUCCCAACCGCCGGCGUCAUAUAUCCCACGACCGGUUCACGUCCCGCAAGCUUCUCUGUCGCCAAUAUCCUGCGGCCAUGUCUCCUUCGCCCUCUCUUGCGCGUCUGGCCAUCGACGCGUAUGUACCUCACCAACUCGUCGCCAUAUACACGCGGCCCAGUUUCCCCCUCUCCUUUCGCGUCUCGCCACCAGCGCUCAUAGUACUCACGCCUGACGUCGCCAUACCCACGACCCGGUGUUCUUUCUCGCUUCUAGCCGUCGGCGUCGCCAUAUGCCCGCGAC